CCCAAUUGAUUUGAACGCGGCAUCAGUUAGAGAUGGCGUCCCUUUUGCAGCCUGACAGGGUUCUCUACCUAGUUCAUGGAGAGAAAAAGAUCCGAUCGCCGUUGUCGACACUUUAUUUUUGUCGGUAUUGCAGUGAAUUGCGUUCCCUAGAAUGUGUGUCUCACGAGGUGGACUCGCAUUACUGUCCGAGCUGCCUGGAGAAUAUGCCUUCAGCAGAGGCAAAGCUGAAGAAGAACAGGUGUGCCAACUGCUUCGACUGCCCGUGCUGCAUGCACACCCUGUCCACCCGGGCAACCAACAUCCCAGCCCCUCUUCCCGACGACCCAAGCAAGACGACCAUGAAGAAGGCCUACUACCUGGCCUGUGGCUUCUGUCGCUGGACAUCCAGAGAUGUGGGCAUGGCUGACAAGUCUGUGGCCAGUGGAGGAUGGCAGGAGCCGGACAACCCUCAUACUCAACGGAUCAAUAAACUGAUAGAGUAUUACCAGCAGCUGGCCCAGAGGGAGAAACUGGAGAGGGACAGGAAGAAGCUGGCCAGGAGACGACCCUAUAUGCCACUGGCCUUCUCGCAACACACUAUUCAUGUGGUGGAGAAGUAUGGUCUGGGUACCAGACUACAGAGACAGAGACCUGGAGCUCCUGUCACCAGUCUGGCUGGUCUUUCUCUGAAGGAAGGUGAAGACCAGAAAGAGAUUAACAUAGAACCAGCUCAGGCUUUAGAUGAAGUGGAGCCACUCCCUGAAGACUGCUACACCAGACCCAUCAACCUACCUGAGGUAACAUCCUUGCGCCAGCGGCUGCUUCAGCCUGACUUCCAGCCAGCCGGAGCCUCUCAGCUCCACCCCAAACACAAACACCUGUUGAUCAAGCGCUCUCUGCGAUGCAGGAAAUGUGAGCACAAUCUGAGCAAGCCAGAAUUCAACCCAACCUCAAUAAAGUUCAAAAUCCAGCUGGUGGCUGUGAGUUACAUCCCUGAGGUCAGAAUAAUGUCCAUUCCAAACCUGCGCUUCCAGAAGGAGUGCCAGGUGCUGCUCACCCUGACCAACCCCGUGGAGAAUAUUACCCACGUCACCCUGGUGGGCUGUGAGGAGGGAGACCCAGAGGACAUCAAUAGCACUGCUAAGGUGAUGGUUCCUACCAAGGAGUUGGUCCUGGCAGGGAAGGAUGCUGCAGCAGAUUACGACGAGUUGGCCGAGCCACAGGACUUCCAGGACGACCCAGAUGUGGUGGCCUUCAGGAAAUCCAAUAAGAUCGGUUUCUUCAUCAAGGUGGUCCCUCAGCGCGAGGAGGACGGGGAUGUCACGGUGUCCUUUAAGAUCCGCCACGACUUCCGCAACUUGGCGGCUCCCAUAAGGCCGAGCGAGGAGGGCGACGCCCCCACCGAGGCCAUCUGGCUCACACACCACGUAGAGCUCAGCCUGGGGCCGAUCAUAGCGUGAAGAGCUUACACACACACACACACACACCAAAUACAUAUAUUUUACACACACACACACACACACACACACACACACACACACACACACACAUUGUACAUGCAUUGGAUCACAUAUCUCUCUCUCUCACACACUCACACACUUCUCUGUACCCCCAAGCAGUUCCAGAGACCCUUUCCUGCUUCACGCUUCAAUUUAAGCAUCAUCUUCAUCAUCCUCCUCUAAGGAUGAAGAAUAUUUACCUGCAUGCUAUGCCAGGCUACAUCUACCUACUAAUAAAUGUCUCUUAGAUGAUGUCA